AUGGUAGGCCGCCAAAGGGCACGAACCGGGCACACAGAGAAGGCGAUGGCCGCCCGUCCUCGCCCGCUACGCUUUAACUGGCGCCCCAGAGCGUCGCGCGAUGUCCUCGGGAAGGGCCGGGGCUGCUUGAUAGGGCCCCGGGCGCGGGUGCGGUCGCCCCACCUAGCUUGCGGCACACACCUGUGCGCGGGGCUCGACUCGCGCCUGGGCUGCUGGAGCUGUUCCCGAGCUCCCCGGCCCGAGUCAUUCGCACCCCGCCCACCCCCGCGAGCCCCGCGGGCGACAGGCAGGCCACUUUACGGUCCUGGGACAAGGCCAGCGCCCGCCCGGACUAGGGCAGGGAGGCGUUGUGGGAGGCGGAGCCCGGAGAGUGCUGCCGCGGGCGGGCGCCAGGAUAAGAGGACCCUGGGCUGCCCGCCCCGGCUCCGCGUGGUGGUGGGCGGUGGCUGGGUCAUGUUGCUGGUGUUGCUGAGCCUGGCUGCAAUGUGCCGGAGCAGCGCUCUGCCCCGAGAGCCGACUAUUCAGUGUGGCUCUGAGAUCGGGCCGUCUCCGGAGUGGAUGGUCCAACACACUCUCACCCCGGGGGACUUGAGGGACCUCCGAGUGGAACUUGUUACGCAAAGCGUUUCGCCAGAGGAUUUUUCCGUUCUGAUGAACAUAAGCUGGAUCCUGCGGGCAGACGCCAGCAUCCGCCUGUUGAAGGCCACCAAGAUCUGUGUGACUGGCAAAGGCAACAUGGACUCAUACGACUGUGUGAGAUGCAACUACACAGAGGCUUUCCAAAGCCAGACCAGGCCUUCUGGAGGGAAAUGGGCCUUCUCCUACGCAGGCUUUCCCGUGGAGCUGAGCACACUCUACUUCAUCGGGGCCCAUAACAUCCCCAAUGCUAAUAUGAAUGAGGACAGCCCUUCUUUGUCCGUGAACUUCACCUCUCCAGGCUGCCUGAACCAUGUAAUGAAAUAUAAAAAGCAGUGCGUUGAGACUGGAAGCCUGUGGGACCCAAAUAUCACAGCUUGUAAGAAGAAUGAGACGACGGUUGAAGUGAAUUUCACAACCAAUCCCCUUGUAAAUUCAUACGAGGUUUUCAUUCUACAGGACAUGGAGAUGAUACUGGGUUAUACUCGAGUGCUAGAGAAUAAACCGACACGGACAUCUGUAGCCGUUCUGGUGAGCGGGGAGAGUGACAGUGCAGUGGUCCAGCUGGCUCCGCAUUUCCCGGCCUGUGGCUAUGACUGCAUCAGACGCGAAGAAAAAGUUGUACUUUGUCCAGAGACAAGCGCCCCCUUCCCUCCAGAUAACAACAGGAGCAUGCUGGGAGGCUGGCUGCCACUCGUCCUGGUGCUGCUGGCGGCCACAUGGGUGCUGGCGCUUGGAAUCUACCUAACUUGGAAGCAAGGAAGGAGCACGGAGACUUCCUUCCCUACUACCAACACGCUCCUGCCCCUCAUCAAGGUCCUGGUGGUCUACCCAUCCGACACAUGCUUUCACCACACUGUCUGCGGCUUCACUGACUUCCUUCAGAGCCACUGCAGAAGUGAGGUCAUCCUUGGAAACUGGCAGACGAGGAGAAUAGCCGAGAUGGGCCCCGUGCAGUGGCUCACCACUCAGAAGCAAGCAGCGGACAAAGUGGUCUUCCUGCUUUCCAGCGACGGCCACGGUCUUUGUGACAGCGCCUGUGGCCAGCACGCGGGCAGCGCCAUGGAGAACUCUCAGGACCUGUUCCCUCUUGCCUUUAAUCUUUUUUGUAGCGAUUUCAGCGCCCGGGCUCCUCUGCACAAAUACCUGGUGGUCUGUCUUGGGGGAGCUGACAUCAAGGGCGACUAUAGUGCUCUGAGUGUCUGCCCCCAGUAUCGCCUCAUGAAGGACGCUGCUGCUUUUCACACAGAGCUUCUCAGGGUCACACAAAACACGUCAAUGAAGAAACGGUCACAAGCCUGCCAUGGCAGCUAGGUCACCCAGGAGAGAAGAGACCCCGAAGCCCUCCUACUCCACCAAUUUCUAGUCACAAAAAGCUGUGAUGACCUGAGGCUGAGUGUAGGAAGUACUACAUUACAGAACUUGCUGUAGAUCUGGAGUGUGCAGAGUCGGAACUCGAGCAAACAUGCCUGAGGCUAGCCACUAGCAGGUUUUAUGCAUAUAAUACAGUUACAGACAUUAAUGAAUAGAAGCUAAAUCUACAAAACUCAAUCACAUUUAUACCCAACACCCAGUAAUGGCCGUCACUGGAAACUAAGCACUCUGGAAAUGAAGUAAUGAGGGACUUCCCGGUUAGGUGUCCAGUCUUGCAGUGCCCAUGCUCUGUGCUGCAGGCAGGACUGUUUAGCCCUGUAACAUUCUAAUAUAGUAAUGAAUAAUGUGAGAAGCACUCACUAAUUCAGUAGCUUCCUAAGAGAAAAAGCCAAAUACACACACAAGCUGGACACAUCCAGUAUACGUGUACUGUAGGACCCACUACACUGUUUGCUAUCUGUAUAGCCCGUUCCCUUGCCAAACUUCUCAACAGGCAGCCUUUAUUUUUAUCACAGAGGUGAUACCCAGGCUGUUGUACAGGUACUGAACCCAGGCUGCUGUACAGGCUGGACAAAUGCUCUGCACUCACAGGCAUCCCAACCUCUCACAGGUGACUUUCCAAUAAAUACCAAGACACUUCACAGCCAGUUGAGGCAGCGCACACCUUUAAUCACAGCACUCAAGAGGCAGAGGCAGGAGGACUUCUAAGUUCGAGGCCAGCCAGAGACACAUAGCGAGACUGUCCCAAAUAAAAACACGUUAUCUAUAAACCUGGUAUCUACUUUUGCCCAGCUACCCAUCCACUGUUCUAGCUCCCAGAGUUCAUGGUUAUUACAUGUUUCCUGUAAUCAAGCCAAAACUGAUUGACUGAACCUCUCAAAGUAUCUUUUUAUAAUCCAUUAUUUAAAAAACCACUAACAGCUGGAGAGAUGGCUCAGAGGUAUAGAGCACUGAUUGUACUUCCACAGGACCUAGGUUCAAUUCCCAGCACCCACAACAGCAGCUCACAACUGUAACUCCAGUUCCAGAGGAUCCAACACUGGUUUCUAUAAAUAUAUAUAUUUAUGUAUGAGGGUUUUGUUUGCCUGUGUGUCUGUGUACCACAUGAAUGCUUGGUGCCUGAGGUCAGAAGAGGGUGGUAGAUCGCCUGGAACUGCAGUUAUGGACGAGUGUGAGCCACCGUGUGGAUGCUGGGAAUCAAACCAGGGUCUUCUGUAAGAAUAAACGCUCCUCACUACUGAGCUCUCUCUCUACACCCCCAAUGUAAAUAAAUCUUAAGUUUUCAAAGACACCAAAAAAAUGGAACAAGAAGUAAUAGUUCACGGAUUUAUAACAUCUUGAGUCUUUUAGUGCUUGACGUUCUUGAAGCAGCUUUUUCUUAAUGUAGAAACCAUAGAAAUGUAUAUAUAUUAGCAUAUGUAUUUGCUUAUUAAGGCUUCGCACAGCACAAUAAAUCUGUUUUGUAAUGUGA